CACACCUGCAUGCACCAGCAGCAGCUCCGAAACCACCAGCCCAUCAUCAGUGCCUAUCACUGGCUAUUACUCACCUGUCCGUGUACACCUAGAGUCAUUUCAACCCUUCAUCUUGUGAUCAGUUUCUAGGUAGUCUGUCAUUCUCGACCAGGUUGUCCAUUUAUCACCUUGCUCGCCUUUCGUCCAGGACCUUCCAUCGCUCGACCUCCUCACGCGAUUCCACCUCGCUCGGUCGAUCGACCGGUUGAAAACACCGACAAGACCUCGCAGUCUCAGUCAUCGUUAUCACCACAGGGAGCACUCUCGCCUAUCAUGGGACUCUCAUACAACGUCUAUCUGGACGGGGUCAGAAUCUUUGGCUGUGGUCGCUGCAAGACGCACCUGGCGGACAAUGAGGAGGUCUUGAGUCGGAACUUCCGCGGUCAACACGGAAAAGCCUAUCUCUUCAACAGCGUCGUAAACAUCAUCGAGGGCGAGCCGGCAGAGCGGAACAUGACCACAGGCAAGCAUGUGGUGCGCGACAUUAGCUGUCGGGACUGCAAGGAGGUGGUCGGGUGGAAAUAUGACCGCGCCUACGAGGUGGCGGAGAAGUACAAGGAGGGCAAAUUCAUUCUCGAGGUGGAGCUGUUGUGUCAGGUCAAUUGAUCUUUGGCACGCGGGAUGAGAGGGCAAGAUUUCGUUUGCUGAAUGUCGGGCCCGAUGGGAUAUUGGAGGCGCAUAUGGGACAAGGAAAAGGCGUAUAACGGACAGUGAGAGGCACUGGAGGGAGUUUCUUCGGCCAUGAUGAUGCCACUGCAACUCUCCUGUACACGAUGAUUUGAUCGAUUUAUGAAGCAUUGGGAUUUUGGAGUUACGGAGUUGUUAUUUUCAAUUGAAACACUUCUCCAAUAUCGCGAGAAUCUACGCAGGGCUCGCUCUGUGAGGUACAUCGCCGUUCUUCCGACGUGACGAAUUCGUAUUGACAUCCACAAG